AUGGCGGAUAAAACUAUAAUGAAGCAAAUUACAGAGCAAAAGCUCAAAGCAUUUUCCAUUGGUACAAUGGGAAAACGUCCGUUGAGUAAAAAAGAAUUAGAAGAACAACGUAAGAAAGAACAAGAACAGGCUGCUGCUCAAGCAUUCGAAGAAUUUGUAGCGACAUUUCAAGAGACCCCUAGUAAAACGACAAGUAAAGUUUGGGUAAAAGCUGGAACGUAUGAUGCUGGCAAAAGACAGGAAGAUACAAGAGAGAAAGGAAAAUUAUAUAAACCACAAUCUAAAAUAUCUGAAUUGGUUGAAAAUAGAUCAUCAGCAGAGCAAGCGCAAGAAUAUGCAAGACUUCUUGGUUCAAAUGAACGUAAACUGGAUAGAUUGGGCAAAAAGAAAAAAGAAGGAGAAAAAAAGAAGAGUAAUCUUGAAUUGUUCAAAGAAGAACUUAAAAUGAUACAAGAAGAACGUGAAGAAAGACACAAGUAUAAGGGUGUAGUUAAAACUGUAAUUUCUACUCAGUCUGAAGAUCCAAUGAUGGCUGCAUUAAAAUGUGUUGAAGAUGGUUCGUUCGAUAAUGGUGAUCCUAAUACGACAAAUUUAUACUUAGGAAAUCUAAAUCCUAAGAUUACAGAGCAACAACUUAUGGAAAUUUUUGGCAAAUAUGGACCAUUAGCUAGUAUUAAAAUCAUGUGGCCACGUAGUGAUGAAGAAAAAGCAAGACAAAGAAAUUGUGGAUUUGUAGCAUUUAUGAGUCGUAAAGAUGGAGAACGGGCAUUAAAAAAUUUAAAUGGUCGUGAUAUAAUGCAAUAUGAGAUGAAAUUAGGCUGGGGAAAAAGUGUACCAAUACCACCAUACCCUAUCUACAUUCCACCUGCUUUAAUGGAGAUUACACAGCCACCGCCUCCAUCUGGUCUUCCAUUUAAUGCACAACCACAUCGCCGUGACAGACACAAGAUACCACGUAUCCGCAACCUCCAGAGUGCAGAUCCCCAGGAAAAGGAAAACUUCGAAAAGGUUCUGCAGAAUGCAGUUGUCAAAGUGGUUAUUCCAACCGAAAGGAACUUAGUCAUGUUAAUACAUAGAAUGGUGGAAUUUGUAAUUCGGGAAGGUCCAAUGUUUGAAGCAAUGAUAAUGAAUCGAGAAUUAAACAAUCCCAUGUUUAGGUUUUUAUUUGAAAAUUAUUCACCUGCACAUACAUAUUAUCGUUGGAAAUUAUAUUCUAUUCUGCAAGGAGAUGGUCAGAAAGAAUGGCGUACAGAAGAUUUUAGAAUGUUCAAAGGUGGAAGUGUAUGGAGACCUCCACCUAUUAAUCCAUGGACGCAAGGUAUGCCCGACGAAUUAAUUGAAAUGGAAGAAAGACAGGAACCAAGAAGAGGUAGCUUAUCUAACAGUCAAAGAGAUAGACUAGAGGAUUUAUUAAGGAAUAUAUCACCAGAACGAAUAAAAGUUGCAGAAGCAAUGGUUUUUUGCAUAGAACAUGCAGAAGCGGCUGAAGAAAUAUGUGAUUGUAUUUCAGAGUCAUUAUCAAUACUUCAAACACCUGUUAAUAAAAAGAUAGCAAGAUUAUAUCUUAUAUCUGAUGUUUUACACAAUUGUGGUGUAAAAGUUACUAAUGCUACAAUUUAUAGAAAAGCUUUCGAAACACGUCUUCUUGAUAUUUUCAAUGAAGUACAUCAGGCUUAUAAACAAUUUGACAGUCGAUUAAAGGCAGAAGGAUUUAAAGCACGUGUGAUGAGAAUGUUCAGAGCAUGGGAAGAUUGGGCAGUUUAUCCAAGAGACUUUCUUGUUAAACUACAAAAUACAUUUUUGGGUCUUGUUAUGUUAGAUGAGCCUGAACCAGAAAAUGAAGAAGAUAUAGAUGGAGCACCUUUAUCUGAUGUUGAUGGUGAAGGUGGAGAAGAUUUAGAUGGUGUACCUUUGGAUGGUGCAGCUUUACUUAAAGGAGCAAUGAAACAUGGACUUACACCGCAAACAACAUCCAAUUAUGAUGACAUUGAUGGAGUACCCAUGGAUGAAGAUAUUGAUGGCGUUCCUAUGGAUGAUGAAGAUAAUAUGAAUGUACGAAAUAAAGAAGACGAAAAGAAACCAGCAAUGCCAGCUGGUUUUGUACCUUCAAGAUGGGAAACUGUGGACCCAGACCAGGUUGAAGCACAAGCUAUGACUACUAGUAAGUGGGAAGAAUUAGGUCAGAAUGACGAUUCAAAUUCUCAAGAUGCUAGUAUGGAUUCCAGUAGAGAUUACAAUGAAGAAAGGCGUAAUAGGUUACGUGAAAUAGAAGUUAAAACUAUGCAAUAUCAAGAUGAACUUGAAAGUGGUAGGAGAACAUUAAAAUCUGGUAUGACAAUUCAAGGACAAGUUGAACAUUAUAGGAAGAAAUUAAUAAGGAAGAGCGAAAGGGAAAUGAAGGACCUGAAAACUGACGACCGAGAAGAUGAUAGAAGGAGAGAGAAGAAACGUAGUACAACCCCGGAAUCUCCAAGUCAUUACAGGGAUCGAAGGCGAUCAACGAGUCCUUCAUCUAAGAGCAAUAGAUAUAGAUCCCGCAGUAGAUCACCGCGUAAUAAACGUAGAUCGCGAUCACCAUAUAAAAAGCGUGUACCAGUGACUCCAUCGCCUCCUCGUAUUCGACGUACACCAUCACCUUCUCUUUCUUCAUCUAGAACAUCAAGAAGAUCGCCAGGCAGUGAACGUAAUGAUCGAAAAAGACGUGGUAGAUCUCCAUCUUUGUCACCUCCACCGCCACCUCGUACUUCCUCUAAACAUAGAGCUAAUAGUCCACCUUCGCCUUCUCCGCGUAAGCACAGACAUAAGCAUAAGUAUUAAGUUACUUUACGCUUAAUCCGUUAAUUUUUGCCUGUAAAAGAAUCAUGAGUUUGAGUAUAUAUUAUAUGCAAUUUUACAUUACCAUAGUCUUAUAACAAGAAUGCUCCAAUAUUUUACUAAAAAAUAUUACAACAGAUAUUUUAAUACUAUGCUGUUAAGUAAAAAAAUUCUAAUCGUAAGGUUUCAACUUUAGUAUUUUAUAUAUAUAUAUAUAUAUAUAUAUAUAUAUAUAUAUCUCCAUUAUGAUGUUAAGGUCUUUGUGAAGGUAAAUAUUUAUGUUUAAAAUGUGUGAUAUUCUUCUACGAAAAUUUUCUUUUAGAUUCUAAAAACUAUCAGUUUCUCCGAUGUACAGAUCAUGACGCUUUAAGGUAAUUAAAAGUAAUUGCUCUUUUUAUUU